AUGCCGCCGGGUCUCAACGCGUCCGACCGCAGCGUCCCGCCGCUGCCGCCGCCGCCGGACUCGGGACACAACGUGCCCGCCCUGCUCAUCGGGGUUCUGCUCAUCGUCUUCAUCAUCGGCGGCAAUGUGAUGGUGUGUCUCAGCGUGUACGCGGAGAAAGCUCUGAAGACAACCACGAACUACUUCAUCGUGAGCCUGGCGGUCGCAGACCUCUUGCUGGCGGUGCUGGUCUUGCCUCUAUAUGUGUACGCGGAGUUCCAGGGCGGCACGUGGACCCUGAACACGGUCAUCUGCGAUGGACUCAUGACCAUGGACGUGAUGCUGUGCACGGCCUCGAUAUUCAACCUGUGCGCCAUCAGCAUUGACAGAUUCAUCGCCGUGUCCAUCCCUCUCAAUUACAACAGGAAACACAUAGACCAGAGGCAAACCGUCCUGCUCUCCGCCACUUGGAUACUGGCGUCGGCCGUGGCGUCGCCUGUCCUCUUUGGCAUCAACGAUGUCCCGCAGAGGAACCCGCUGGAGUGCAAGCUGGAGGACGACAACUACGUGAUCUACUCGUCCGUCUGCUCCUUCUUCAUCCCCUGCCCGAUCAUGCUGCUGCUCUACUGCGGAAUGUUCCGGGGCCUGCGGCGCUGGGAAGAAGCGCGCAAGGCCAAGCUGCGCAACAGCGUGGAGAUGUGCCGCAAGCUGCGGCGGGCCGCCGCCGCGGACCGCGCCUCAGCGGGCCGCAAGCCGGAGGAACGGCGCCCGCGGGCGGACUGCCCCUUCCCGCCGGCGUACCGGCACAGCUCCAUCCAGACCGUGGCCUUCGCAGACACCGUGUACGAAACCCCGGCCAGAGCCAAGAGAGCCAAGAUCAAUGGGCGCGAGCGGAAGGCCAUGAAGGUGCUUCCAGUUGUGGUCGGUGUCUUCCUCUUCUGCUGGACGCCGUUCUUCGUGGUGCACAUCACGCGGGCCCUGUGCGCGACCUGCGACAUCUCGCCCUACCUGAUGAGCACCGUUACCUGGCUGGGCUACGUCAACAGCGCCUUGAACCCCAUCAUCUACACCGUCUUCAAUACCGAGUUCAGAAACUUCUUCCGCAGAUUCCUGCACGGCUGCUGCUGACGGCAUCGGAGCCACCGUGCGGAAAAAGCACAACAUCUGCAUUUUAUGCAUAUGCUUACGAAGGAAUACGCGCGUCGGCCGUAUCUCGCUCCAGCACCUCUCUCGCAUUUACUCUUCUUUCGGUUUCGAAUCCACGUUUGCUUUCCGUUACCGCAGCAGCCGCAGCUCGGCGGGAACGGCGUCUUCUGUUUGGAUCUUCUCCAUGUACGCGAUGACACGUUUUAAAAUAAAGAUACUAUCAGCAGAG